AUGGCUUCGCUUUCGCUGCUCGGUGCUUCUUUCUCGUUACUGUUUACCGUUGCAUGCGCUACUCCCAAAUAUCAGAGGAUAUUCGUCAGUGCAAAAGCAAUAAAUUUUGUGGAUACGACGAAACACGGCUUUCGGAUCGUCCUACUUGAUUCAUUUUUGGAUGCCCAUCUUUCACCUACCCAGAUUCCGACAUUAUUCGUUUCUGCAAUACCGUUAAAGCCAGACGAACCGCUUAUUACCAGAGUGUUUUAUCCGGAUAGUAUUCGAGAAGAUAAGCAGGUGCAUCUCUCGGAGCUGCGCGAGCGAUCCUGGUACUACAUUUGUAUUGAGUGGGAAAAUUUCAACAGGCACAAUGAAACGACUGGAACAGAUUGUCGCCUACUGAGGACGCUUGAUCGGUUCGGGAAAAGUGCUGAUACGACUGUCGAGGAUGUUGAAGUAGCCGACAUCACCGCAACUACAAUGCAGUUCAAAAUUCGCUCAGCCACUGAUUUUCCUAUCAGGUGA